AUGUCUUCAACAUCUGGUCGUAGUCAACGCGCGCUACGUCGCACGACGGGUCAUGCGCACCUUGAGCCAGUAGAAUCUACAGGAUCCAUUCGAACGGCUUCUGCGCCGCCUUAUCUUGCACAUCCAAAACGGCGGAUUGAUAUGAUACAAGCUCUAGAGACAAAAGGACGACCUGGUCGUGCAUCUACGAUUUCGCCUACUGGUGUGCGCAAGCAACCUCUCAAGCCAGCUGAAUCAAACGCUUCUGAGGAUUCCUUCGUGGUGACUGAUCAAUCUCCUGCUAUAGCACAACAAAUGCAGGUCUUGGAAGAGCGCUACACGCGUCUAGCAGAAGCCCUUAUCAAGGCUGAACUUUGCUAUACAGAUUCUACGCUACAGACCAUCGAGAGGGAUUCCUGUCCAGCCCUUUCUACUGUGCUUGUAGAAGCAGAACAGCUUCGAGACCCUCGCAUUGCACAAGCAAAGAGAAGACAUGCACUAGCGUGUCAGCAAGAAGAGAUUCGUUGGCAAGCUCAAAAGCAAGCUGCCCAUGUGGCUUAUAUCAGUCGUCGUGGAGAAGUGCGCAUGCGAAUCCGACAAGGGCUGUCUGCGGAGAUCUUGAAAGUUGGCAGAGAGUAUGAAGAGAUGAUGCGCGCAGAGGCACCUGGUAUGCAGCUUGCGCCAGAGCUUGUUGAGCAGAUCCAGCGAAGGCCCGUCAGAGACAGACGUGGCCCGCGUGGUGCAAACAGGGCAGAGCAGGACGAAGACUUCUUGGUGAUGGGUUUACAACCGACCCAAAGGGUCAUGACACGCCCAGCGUCACCUGAAAUACUUGCAACAUCGCCCAUACGUCGACGCAAACGGCGUGCAGAUUCGACGUUGCUGCCGUAUGUACGCCUGCGUUCGAGAACGCCAGAGACACGACAAACAGGACCUUUGCCAUCUAUGACGCAAGUCUUACAGCGCGAGACAAUCGCAGCACACGACGCCAUGGCUGAUGAGGGCGAAGAAGUGGAGGAAGCGCAGAAAGCGCCAAAGCCUAAAUUGCACCACACUUAUUUCAUGCCAGCGAGCAGUCAGCCACCUUCACGCUUUGCCACACCCCGACCUAGUCGGCCAUCGUCUCCAUCUGGCUACAGUUACCCGUAUGCUUCAGCUGCCACAGCCAGUCGUGCGCAGAGCCGAGUGGUGAGCCCAGUACAGAAACGUUCACGCGAUUUGUGGGCGAAGACGACAAUGGCUGUGCCUGUGAGUGGCACCGUGACACCAGAUAGAGAGGGCGGCGCCUCAGCCGCCAUCAUACCGGAUCGCAGGGUCUCGGUGCCCUGGGAGCUGCCUCAUUAA